AUGGCAGCCAUGUCAAUCACCAAAAAUGCCAUUUUAGACCUCUCAAAAACUCUUCCUCAAGUCCCUUCUCUUUUCAUUCGCGACAAAGUCUCUCGUGUCUGCUUUUCCUCCGAGGGAUUUCAUGCAUCAGAGGAUUUCAAAAGAAGACGAGACUUUAACAGAUGUGUUAAAGACGAGAAAACGCCAGAGAUGGAGAUGGCUGAAAAAAUGGAGGAGAAUAUGAGCGAUGGGAUGGACAAAACUAAACAGGCAGCCAAAGACAUGAGGGAUAAAGCAAAGGAAAGCGCAGAGAGCAUGAAGGACAAGACAAGUGACAUGGCCGGAAGGCAGCAGAUAAGGCAAAAGAAGGGAAAGACUAGGCAGCCGAUGUGGCACACGACAUGA